CAUUCCCUCUCUCCCAUUCUCUCUCUCUCUCUCUCUCCCUCCCUCUCUCAUUCCCUCUCUUCCAUUCUCUCUCUGUCUCUCUCCCAAUUUCUCUCUCCUGGGCUACUUACAUGUAUAGGACUGCAUGUCUACACAUCUGUAAAUAUCUGCCAAGAGGCAGAAAACCAAAUACCCCAAAUCUUUUACACGCUGGAUGCUUCUGUCUUUUUCAACCCUUCUCUCAAAAGCAAAAGAUAGCUAGUGUGGAGAAAAUAACAGUUCUUAUCUUUUUAUAUCUCCAUUACACACACAUAUGUUUUUAUAGUCUUGCAUUAUUACUUGGUUGGUGCCAUUUUGUUUCUUGUUACACAUUUUUUAACAAAAAAUAAAACUUCCCCACUAGAUGAUGAGAUAAUGAUAUACAUGUACUCAAGGCCUUAACAACAUAAGCUCUGUGAGAGAGAGAUAAAGAGGGAAAGAGAAGGACUAUCUUUUAAACCCAUCAUUGUUUCCAGUUGGGUUUUUUAGUGAAACCAACAAGGUAUCAUUCAAUUCUUAUCUUAAUCAUGAUUUUCUAGGAAAUAAAGUUUUGAUCUUGAUACUUGUUUGGUCCAUAUGGAGCUGUUAGGAACCUGGGUUUGUGGGGAAAAGAUAAGCCCUUGUAUCUUUAUCUAUAUUUUCUCACUUGUGUGUCAUAAAUGAUUCCAUUACAGCUUGCUAAAAUAGUACCUGGUUUUAUCCAGCUUGUUUUCUUGGCAUGAUUGCUUUUGUUGUAUUGUGUGUUCUUCUUAUUAGGCAAGUUUUUAUGAGUCUUUACUGAUUGGAAAAGUAAAGAGGAGGAAAUUAUAGAGAAAAUAGCAAAGGGAUCAAACUGAAGGUACCACUAUAGAUGUGUGUUUUUGUAUGUACUUGUAAAGAAGUGUAAUUGGACUGAAGAUUCUUUCUGGGUUCUUGUAGUUGAGCUUUCUUGUUCAUCUUAGCCUUAUAUCUUAUCUUUUUUUUUGAGUUCAGAAGGUUUUCUUAGAGCCAGUCUUGUUUAAGAAUUGAGGGUUCUAGCAUAUUCAGUUUUUUGGUUGAAUGAGUACAGUUUGUCUCGAAAGGUUCGGUUUUGAUGAGUUCUCUUGAUCUGUUUGGAGUUCCCCUUAAGCUUUCCAGGAUCUUUUUGAAGAUAUAAUGGAUUAGGUUAUGGCUAUCUACGGAGGGCUCUACUUUCCUCUGUAUUUCUUGUUGUUCUAGUUGGGCUAGUUUGGUUCUUGUUCUGCACGGAAAAGGGGGAAUUGCAGACGAAGCUGGAGACACCAGUUUUUUGUGAUAGCAAUUCUGGGGUCUUGCAUGAACAUUUUAAUGUUAGCAAAGAAGAAUUUGAUGUCUUGACCUCUUCUUUCUAUGAAUUGGAUCAGAUGGCAUGCUUAAAAUGUACCAAACAGUCCAAUACGAUUCACCAUCCUAGUAGUGGUAUCAAUUGUGACUUUGUUAUGGCAACGUUAGAUCACCAAAGAUUUAAGAAAGAAGAGUUGGAAAUGACGAAUGUAGGAUUGCAAGAACAAUGCCCUGUCCCAGCUGAGAACACUGACUCAUUAUUGAAGGAGGGCAAGUCUGUAUCAGAGAUUUUGCAUUCCAUAUUUUCAUCUAUCAAGUCAAAGUUUUGGAACGAUCAAGAGUAUAUGCAUUUGAGGGAACCAGAGAAUUUAGUGACAGAGCAUUGCAAGGGUAUUUCUUUUUGUUUGACGAAUAUACUCCUGUGCGCUCUUGUUGGAUCAGCAAUCUGCUGUCCGAUUUUUGGUUUUAUUUUUAAAUUCUGGAGGAGACGGAAGGUGAUGCCUCUUCAUCAACAUUCAUUGCAUCAAAACCAGCAACUCCAAGUGGUCCAGCAAAAGCAACAACAACAAUCUCCAAUUUCUGGAAAGUGGAGGAUGAAGCUACUACUGGCUUUUGUCAUUGCAGGGGUCACUGGGUCCAUUUGGUUAUUCUGGCACCUAAAUGAAGAUAUUGUUUUGAGAAGACAAGAAACAUUGUCAAAUAUGUGUGACGAGCGAGCACGUAUGCUACAGGAUCAAUUUAAUGUGAGUAUGAACCAUGUUCAUGCAUUGGCUAUUCUAAUCUCCACAUUUCAUCAUGGAAAACAACCUUCUGCUAUUGACCAGAAAACAUUUGGAGAAUAUACUGAGAGAACUGCUUUUGAAAGGCCUCUUACUAGUGGUGUUGCUUAUGCUUUGAGAGUUCCACACUCUCAAAGAGAGCAAUUUGAAACUCAACAUGGGUGGAAGAUUAAAAAAAUGGAAACUGAGGAUCAAACAUUAGUUCAAGACUGCAUUCCAGAGAAUUUAGAUCCUGCACCAGUUCAAGAUGAAUAUGCACCAGUUAUAUUUUCUCAAGAAACAGUCUCGCAUAUUGUUUCUAUUGAUAUGAUGUCUGGCAAGGAAGAUCGGGAGAACAUUUUACGGGCUAGGGCAUCUGGAAAGGGUGUCUUGACAUCUCCUUUUAAGCUAUUAAAAUCCAAUCACCUGGGUGUUGUACUUACUUUUGCUGUCUACAACACUCAUCUACCUCCUCAUGCUACUGCUGAGCAAUUUAUUAAUGCUACUGUUGGGUAUUUAGGUGCAUCCUAUGAUGUCCCGUCACUAGUGGAAAAGCUUCUGCAUCAACUUGCUAGCAAACAAACCAUUGUUGUGAAUGUUUAUGACACAACAAAUAAAGCAGAGCCAAUAAAUAUGUACGGUACCAAUGUUACCGACACAGGACUGCUGCACAUUAGCACACUUGACUUCGGGGAUCCAACUAGAAAACAUGAAAUGCAUUGCAGGUUUAAGCAGAGGGCCCCGCCACCUUGGACAGCAAUAACAGCAUCUGUUGGUGUUCUUGUAAUAACUUUGCUUCUGGGUCAUAUAUUCCGUGCAGCCAUAACCCGCAUUGCUGAAGCUGAGCUAGGCUACCAAAAUAUGAGAGUACUUAUGCAUCGUGCUGAAGCUGCAGAUAAAGCAAAAUCUCAGUUUCUGGCAACAGUUUCACAUGAAAUCAGGACUCCAAUGAAUGGUGUUUUAGGCAUGCUUCAGAUGCUUAUGGACACAAAUCUUGAUGCCAACCAACUAGAUUAUGCACAGACUGCCCAUGCUAGUGGAAGAGAUCUUAUAUCACUUAUUAAUGAGGUUUUAGAUCAGGCUAAAAUUGAAUCUGGCAGACUUGAGCUUGAGGCUGUUCCUUUUGAUCUUCGGGCUGUUCUUGAUAAUGUUUUAUCACUUUUCUCGACCAAAUCUCAUGAGAAAGGAAUUGAGUUGGCCGUUUAUGUUUCUAAUCAAGUUCCUGAAAUCGUCAUCGGAGACCCUGGACGGUUGCGGCAAAUAAUCACAAAUCUUGUUGGAAACUCAAUUAAGUUUACACAAGACAGAGGACACAUUUUUGUAUCAGUGCAUCUAGCAGAUGAAGUUGGGUACCCACUCGAGGAGCAGGAUGAAGUGCUGAGACCAAACAUUACUCUGGUUGAAAAUUGUAUAAACAAUUCUCGUAACACAUUAAGUGGGUUUCCUGUGGUUAAUCGAUGGAAAAGUUGGAAGGGUUUUGGAAAUUUGAAUGUGGGUGAAUUGUCAAAGGAAACAGAAAUGGUCAAAGUAUUGGUUACUGUUGAAGAUACAGGGGUUGGUAUACCACAAGAAGCACAAGGUCAUAUAUUCAUGCCCUUUAUGCAGGCUGACAGUUCUACAUCACGAACAUAUGGUGGAACCGGGAUAGGAUUGAGUAUAAGCAAGAGGCUGGUGGACCUGAUGGGUGGAGAAAUUGGCUUUGAUAGUGAGCCUGGAACAGGCAGCACCUUUUCAUUCAGUGUAGCUUUCAAAAAAGGAGAACAAAAUUCUCCUGAUUUGAAGUCUCCACAGUACCGUCCAACUGUUUCAGAAUUUCAAGGAUUGAGAGCAUUGGUGAUUGAUGGGAAAAGCAUUCGAGCUGAAGUCACAAGAUAUCAUCUUCAGAGAUUGGGAAUUUCAGUAGAAAAAGCUUCGACUCUGGAUUCUGCGUAUGCUUCUCUCACUUGCAACUCCAAGACAAGCAUAUCGGGACAGUUGGCCAUGAUUCUUGUUGACCAGGAUGUAUUAGAUGAGAUGACUGAUACUUCUUACAACAAAAUUCUUAAAGAACUGAGACCAAAUAGAAGUUCAAGCAUCCUAGAAAUUGGUCCAAAAAUACUUCUGAUGGCACCCUCUAGUUCUGAAAAGUGUAACAAACUCAAGUCGGCUGGGUUGGUUGAUGCCGUUCUAACAAAGCCACUUCGGCUAAGUGUGUUAAUUCUUUCAUUCCAAGAAACCCUUAGUUUUGACAAGAAGAGGCCCCCUUCAAGAAGUAAACCAUCAACUCUUGGAAAUCUACUCAGAGACAAGCGUAUCUUGGUGGUAGAUGAUAACAUGGUUAACAGACGAGUUGCUGAAGGUGCCUUGAAGAAGUAUGGAGCAGUUGUCACCUGUGUUGAUAGUGGGAGAUCUUCAUUAAAGAUGCUUAAUCCCCCCCACAACUUUGAUGCUUGCUUUAUGGAUCUCCAAAUGCCAGAAAUGGAUGGGUUUGAAGCUACACGGCAGAUCCGCUGUUUGGAGAGCGAAGUAAAUAAAAAAAUUAAUUCUGGUGAAGCAUCGAUUGAGAUGUACGGUAAUGUGGCUCACUGGCAUACACCAAUAUUAGCAAUGACAGCUGAUGUAAUUCAAGCAACAAAUGAGGAGUGCACAAAAUGCGGGAUGGAUGGUUAUGUGUCAAAGCCAUUCGAAGAAGAAGAACUAUAUUCAGCUGCAGCGCGCUUCUUUGAUUCAGAAUUCAUGCCUGGGGCAGUCUGGUUAUCUGAUUACUGCAACUGACGACAGUCACUGCUACACAAUGGAUGAUUGACAAAUCAAACAAGUUCAUCUUUCUGACAAGGUGUGCUGGGAUUACAAUUUGUGAAUAGUUAGUACUUUGUUGUCACCUCAAUUCCCCAGGUACUUGGCUGCAGAUCCCAUUCAACACCAAGUGACCUUCAUCUUUUUCGAUGAUGAUGAACUAGUAGCAUAGAAGGCAGCUUGUAUAGAAACUCAGCUUUAGUUGGUGUUAUACCAAAUAUCCGUUGUCGUUAUAUAUCUGAUCAUUCUUACAAAGACACUUUCAGCAAUAAGUUUUCAUCCUAUAUGAAUACUGCCUAUUGAAUCUGUUGAGAUGAUGAAUACAGUUUUGCUCCGUUCUUCGGUGCGAGAAGCAUGAAGCCCUGCUAUAAACAGUUUUGUUGUGUACUCUAGCUGCCCCAGGUUGAUUGAUCGCAUUCUUGGAACAGGGUGAUAUAUAUUUAGUAUAGAUUGAAGCUCCAUGUAAAUGUAUAUCAUAGCGGCCCUUGGAACUUCCCUUUAUUCUUACUAGAUUUUUGUAGUUGGUGCUUUGUAGUUAGUUUGUACUCCGUAGUACUAGUGGUGCGUUGUAAUUUCUUGCCUACAUACUUGUAAUAAUAUAUGAAUAAGAAUUAGAGUUGUUUAUUUGAAGUGUA